AUGGCAGAGACCACGGUUAUCGCUUUUGAUCUAUACGGCACUUUAUUGUCUACGGAUUCGAUCGCCAAACAACUAGAGAAACACUUUGACCAUGCCAAAGCGCAGUCGAUCUCCGCGCUGUGGAGGCGGUAUCAGCUAGAGUACACAUGGAGGCUGAACAGCAUGGGUGUAUGGGAAAACUUCUCAGCUAUAACCCGUAACUCACUCUUGCACGCUCUAGCCGACAAUGACUCCCAGCUGAGCGACGACAACAUUGAAGAAUUGAUGCGGGCAUACGACAAUCUCUCUACAUUCGCCGACGUGGAUCCAACUCUAACCCGCAUAGCUGCAGACUUAAGCAUUCAAACAGUCAUAUUCUCCAACGGAACCAAGACCAUGGUCUUGAACUGGAUACUGCGAUCAGCAGACCUCUCGCCACACGCAAGCGUAUUCCGGGAUGUGGUUACCGUGGAAGAAGUCAAGCAAUACAAACCAGCGCGGGCAUGCUACGAGCAUCUAGCAAAGCAAACCGGCCAGGACCCGUCACAUAUGAGCAACUUAUGGCUCGUCAGCGGCAAUCCAUUCGACAUUGUUGGAGCCCGCAGCGCAGGCAUGCGAGCUAUUUGGGUUGAUCGCAUGGGCGUUGGGUGGAAAGAUGGCGCAACAGAUCUACGGCCAACGGCGAUUGCGCACAGUUUAGAGCAUGCUUUGCAAGAGAUUCAGAGCCGAUAG